GCCAACCGCACCCGAAUUCCCAAGCCGUCCAGAAAGAACGCAAGAACCAGACAAAAGAGGCUAUAUACAUCAAGGCUCUCGAGCAUUUCAGGUAUAAAAUCAAACCAUCAGUCAAUAUGCCUAUGUUCAUCAAUGCCGAUGUUGAAACUCGCCUCUCUUCAAUGGAGCAGGCCCUGAAGGAUGUGCUCCAUUGGCAAAAGGUCAUUGCGCAUGCGGCAGUCGGGAAGACUACUUCGAUUGCCAAAGCCAAGAUCCAAGAGGGAUAUUCUUUUCAGCAGGAGAAUUGGAAGGAGCCGAUCUCGAGCCACUCUCUGGCAGUCAAGCCCCCCACUGAAUUGAAAUCCAAUCAUUCAUCCCUCAAAAAGGACUUGCAAUCCACGGUCGUUACUGUUCAAGAAAUCCCGGCUGAGUCCGACCCGGUGCUCACAAAGCCUGUCCCUGACGGACUUUCAGACCGUAUCCUUGACAUUAUCGAAAAGUAUGGUCAACACCUGCCAUCAGCGGCUGCUGGUGAUGAGAAUGCUCGAGGAUGGAUCGGACGAUCUUUAUUUUCGGCCAUUGUGAGCAAGCAAGUUCAGCAAGGGAAAGCUAUUCGGAUGAUCCUUCCAGCAUUUCCAUGGAAAAGCAUCAACCAAGUGGACAAGGUUCUCGGCCCACUUCCUGACUUUGGUGAAGAACUGUCUCUUGCCAGGCUCAAUCAACUGUGUGAGGAUAUCCGGGAGGUGUAUACACCUGGAGGAGAGGUUAUGGUCGCAACCGACGGUCUUGUAUUCAAUGGUAAGAUGCUCAAACAACCGUUUGAGGAAAUGCUCGGCACUAAUUCUUAUAUAGAUAUUGUCGGAAUUACGGACGACGACACUUGGAACUACAGCCAGGUGUUGAUGGAAAUGGCCAGAAACAUGGCCUGCAACAAUAUUAGAAUGUUGCGGGUCAUGGAUAUUCUUGGAUACACUGAUGAGGCCGUUGAGAUGACAAAGGAGACCUACUUACAGUUCGUGGAGAAGUCUCGCGAGGUUCUUCUGAGCGAGUACGGCCGCUCUGAAGAAGAAGUUCGCCAGAUGAUGAGCGAUGACCCUGAUACACUCACAACAUAUCGCGGGUUCAUCCGCUUUUUAGAAACCGAUCUAAGAUAUAGCCCCGUGGCAAAGGCCGCAACCAGCGGACAGCAAUUCCGCAAGAUUGUCAAGAAAGUGGCAAUGGGAAUGAUGAUCCGGGCAGAGUCCUUCACGAAAUUGCUCCAAUCUCGAUGCACCGAUUACGUUCGACUUUCAAUUCAUCCAUCCACUGGAUUGCAAAAGCUUUCCGUUCCCUUGAUUGUUCAACAGUCGGGCGGCUUCCCAAGAACACCUUGGCAUUCGGUUGUCGCUCUUGGAGUUAACGGUUCCUACACGACCCUGCACGUCAAGGAUCUCCGCGACACCCACAGUCUAGUUUACCGAGACAACCGCCCGUACUAUUAUCGGGAGAAAUCAGACUUGUGGGACGUGGAUGGCGACUCUAUCGCUUUUGAACCCCGCUACCCGAACAAACUUCUCGUCUAUCCUCGCGAAGACUCCAGCGCGGGAACUGCCUUAGCAGUCGAGCAGAUUCAGCGACUCCAGGAAUUAGCAAAGGUGUUCAAGGGCUCAGUCGAAGUUUCAGGAUUCUCAAACUACCCUUGAGAACUUCAGGCUGCGGGAAUUUGCUUUUUAAACUGGUGCAAUGUGGUAUUUGGUGUUUUAUUGAUUUCCCAC